ACUGUCACCCAACUGAAAACAGCCUCUGCCCUUGGUCGAUUGAUGGCUCUGAGCGACGGGAACUUAUAUCUGUUGGAAUCUGAUGUUUUGAAUACCAUCGGGUCCGGCCCAAAAAUCAAGAAUGUUACGGUAUUUUGUGUCAAUGAAAACCCCAAUAUUAUGGAUCCUUUCACUGUCCAGCUAUGUGUGGGGAAGAGGAGAUGCAUACAGAUCUGUUCAUUACACGAAGACAGAGUGUCCCUGCUUAAAGAGCUUUCAACCCCCGAACCUGUCAACAUUGCAAUGGAUGGAAGCUAUGUCUGCAUUGCUGGUCAAGGCCAGUACUGUGUUUUUAAUGUCGACUCUGGAGCAAGCCAGGAUCUGUUCCCAUACGAUCCUGCAACAACAUACCCUCAUGUAAAAAGAGUUGCGAAGGAGGAAUUUCUCUUGGCUGGACCAGGAAAUCUCGGAAUGUUUGUAACUGCAGCUGGUAUAUCGGAGCGGCCACCUAUUCAGUGGACAGAUGGAAUCAAAUCUCUCUCUUACUAUCACCCUUAUAUUUUGACAAUCACCAGUCAGUUUAUUAGGGUUUACAGCUUGAUUGAUCAACAACACAAGCAGACACUGAAUUUUUCUGGAGGUGAAUUACUGGGCAAUUUUGAUGGCCAGCUCUAUGUUGCUGCAAGUUCCUGCAUUUCUUGCCUUAUGCCACAACCAUGGACAAUGCAGGUUCAGACAUUAAUGGACAGUGAAAGAGUAGAAGAAGCAGUACAGCUGGCAGAGCACAGUGGAGCCAUAGGAAUGAGCCAGGAGCAGUAUCAUCAGCUAUGUCGAACACUCCAUCAGAGAGCAGGGUUUAUUAAGUUAGUGCAGGGUUUCUAUUAUCAAGCACAGGAAUACUUUAUCAAGGGUGCUGUGGAUGUCAGAGAGGUGAUUAGCCUCUACCCUGGAUUGUUGCCAGCCACAGUCAGCUUUAUGAGAGCUCAGCCACCUUUGCAUCAGUUUGCUGAUAUUGCACAAGCUUUGCAUGGAGAUCAAACUAAGAUAGACGAAGCCAAGUCAUUCCUUAUAAAUUUCCUUAUUCAUCUUCGUGGUUCAGGAGAACCCAUUACGUACAGAAUGGAAGUUGACACUGCAAUUAUCAAGCUGCAAGCAGAGAAACAGUCACAAGAUCUGUUGUUAUUCCUGGAAAGUGGUGACAUUGUCUGUAAUUUGCCUGAGUGUGCUGAGUGGCUUCAAAAAUACAAACAAUAUUUUGCACUGUCUAAGUUAUAUAGGGUGCUUGGUGAUUUAGAAAAGUCACUGGAAGUUCUCACUCAGCUUGUUAGAGAAGAAAUUAAGGAUUCAAACUUUGGUGGAAUUCAAGAUUUAGUAGAUUGUCUGAACUGUUCUGCAGAUGCUGGACUAGUGUGGCGCUAUGCAAACUUUAUUUUGGACCGUAAUGCAUCUGAAGGUGUCCGUGUCUUUAUGGAAACACAGGCACAAUUAGAUCCUUCCAAAGUUCUUCAGACUCUACAAAGAUAUCCACAAGCAAGACUCACAUUCCUGCACCACCUUAUAGACACAAAGAACUUACAGGAGGAAAAAUACCAUACAGAAUUAGUCUUGCACUAUGUAGAUGAGGCAAUAAGACUCAUGAAUGACAAAUCAGCCUCACCUGAAGAGCUGGAGGAGGCAAGGAGUAAACUUCAGGACCUCUUGACCUCCUCCAGCCAUUACCAGCCACAACCAGUUCUUACACGGAUGAAAGGCACAGAAUUACAUGUUGAAAUAGCUGCAGUCUAUGGGAGGCUAGGAGAACAUGAAAAGGCUCUCUCGAUGUUAGUGCACCAGCUGAAAGACUUCGCUGCUGCUGAACAGUACUGCAUUGCACAGAGUAAAGGAGCAAGCAACACAACCAAGUCAAACAUAUUUCUCAUACUUCUUAAGAUUUACCUCAGACCUCCACCUGGAGGCACAGAAGAUGAUAUAGAACUAGCCCCAGCGAUCGAACUUUUGUCUGUCCAUGCAGGGGACCUAGAAGUAUCAUCAGUAUUAUCUCUUCUACCUCCUAAUUGGUCACUGAGUAUUGUACACCAUUACUUGCGUGCAGCACUUCGGACCUCAAUGCAUCAGAGCCGCAUUAAGAGAAUACAGCAGACAUUAGUAAAGAGCGAGAAUUUACAGCAGAAAUUUAUACUGUACAAACUCUCCAGAGAUAUGGGCCCCAUACCAUUAGCUGUGAACAGAAUCUGUUGUGUAUGCAAUCGAGGAUUCAACAUGUGUGAGUUCUUGAUCUACCCUAAUGGUGUAAUGGCUCACCCUGCCUGUGCUCCAAACCACAGUGUCUGUCCGCUCACAGGCACGGUCUUUCAGGUUUCGCAUGACAGCUCGAGCAAGGAGAGGACCAGUAGUCAGCAUGCCAGAUAAUGAAUGAUGUUUGCAGUUAGAUGGGGUGUAAAGAUAAUGGUUGUGUGAUGUUUAGGUGCGACAGCCUAUGUAAAUUAUUCUUAUUUUGUAAUUUAGCAAGCAUGUUGCUUUGUGAUAUUGUCUAUAUGCACUGCAGGAAGACUUGUUGAUCUGUAAUUGUUAGAAUUGUGAAUAAAUGUGAUAUGAGAGAUUCUAGUUUUUGGAUAUUAGAAUACUGAGUUUUGGUACACUUCUUUAUGUACAAAUGUCCAGGAUUUAUGCAGUACAUAGCAGUGUUAUUUUUGGCUAAGAAAGUACUCCAAUAAUUUCUUGUCUAUAGUACAAUUCUUUGGUAUGGCUGUCUUUGCACUAAUUCUUUGACAUUCAGAAGAAUCUGUGGAACUCUUAGGUAAAAUUAUUAUGUUCACUGCUGCAGAGAACUACUGAUUAUAACAUAGACACACAUCAGCACACUGUCUAGCUAACUAUGAUUUAUGAUCUUUAUUUUUGUUACUGUCACAUUCUCUCAUUUUCUGCCUUGGUUAUUAUCAUGGUCUCAUACAGGGAUUUUUAUUAUGAUUACUUUUUAUAAUUACUAGCUAUCCUCUAGUAUUAAACUCAAUAGCUUAAGUGAACAGGCAAGUAAGUCCAAUUAUUUUGACACUCAGUGUUAAUUAGGUAGUAUUAUUAUAUUAGGCUCCCUUUUCUCUCCAUCAUCAAUAGCAACUAUAUCUGCAUCUUAAGGAGGCAGAGCAAAGUGCCUGUAUAUGCCCCCACAGCAUUUUGCAAGGCUAUAGCAAGUCCUUUUUUAGAGGAUAAAGAUAGAUUUAGGCCGUGUGGAUUUUCCUCCCUUCAAAUUAAAUCUGAAUGGAUCACAGUCCUUUCACCAUCCAGCCUAUUUUGAAAGUGACAACUGCCCCAUUGACCUAACCAGUUCAGUUUUUUCUAGCCAGAGUUAUAAAGUGUAAGAAGAGUAAACACUUGAAGCUGUUUCAGUAUAACAAGAACACAAUGCAUGUGUGCACCCACCUUGUAUCAAUCAGUUCUCAUUUGUAUCUGAAAAUUUGCAAUAUGUAUCGGAUAAUAAUUAUUUUAGGUAAUGAUAAGCAAAUACUUUUGCGUUAUGACCACUCUUCAUUUCAGUUAAUUGGAAUUUAAAGCAAAGCUGGUAAUAAAUAUUGUAUCAUAAUAGUAAUUCAGGUUAUAAGAUAAAAUUUUUGUAUUACCUUCUUAGAUGAAGAAAUAGUUUUAUUUGCUGCUUUAUUCUUGAAAUAGUGUCACGUCAAUCAGCUUCCCCACAGCUGAUUUUCUUUGCAAGUAUUUUUGGAUGCAGAGUUCACUAAGAGGUGCAAACUCCUUGAAAGUUAUUGACAAUGUCAAAACUUGUUAUUCUCCAUUGCUAGUUAUUCUUGCAUGGAAUACAAUGUUAGUUUUGGUUGCUAUGCAAUAUCUUGUAAUGAGCUACUUUGUCCUGUUAUACUAAUAUGACAAGGGUUUUUUGUUAUUUAUAAAAAAAACUGUAAACAUGGAGUAAUUUUUGUCACUGUACAGUGAAUUCUCAUGACAGCUUUUUUCUUCUUUUUUAGCAAACAAAUAGGACUCAUAACCCUAAAUACAAUAUUCUGUUGCUAAAUUGGGGGAACAAUUACAUUUGUUUUAUACACAGUACAUU